UCGGCCUAUAUAAAACCCUAAAACCCCCUCCGGCUUCCGCUGUCUUAUUUCCGCCGGCCAAACGAUCACGUAAGCUCCAUUAAAUCCGGCUUGCAGCCAAUAACUGCCUCUCCAUUGAGAACUUGCCACCGACAGGUAGUGUACCUUGCUUUCUAGGUUUGUUUUUUUCGGCAUGGCUUCACCUGCAGAUCAGGACCAGACAUGGCUCAUCGACUGUCUCACCGCAACGCUUGAUACUAGUCGCGAAGUCCGCUCAUUUGCUGAGGCCUCGCUUCAGCAAGCUUCUCUGCAGCCAGGUUAUGGGGCUGCUCUUACCAAGAUCACCGUUAACAAGGACAUUCCUUUUGGUCUGCGGCAGCUGGCGGCUGUUUUGCUAAAGCAGUUCAUAAAGCAACAUUGGGAAGAAGGUGAAGAGAAUUUUAUAUAUCCUGUGGUUUCACCAGAAGAGAAGAGGAUCAUGCACCAACUAUUGCUUCCUUCAUUGGAUGAUCCUAAUAGGAAAAUUCGCACAGCAAUUAGCAUGGCUAUAGUUUCCAUCGCUCAAUAUGAUUGGCCAGAUGAUUGGCCUGAGCUAUUGCCUUUUCUAUUAAAGUUGAUUAGCGAGCAAAAAACUAUCAGUGGAGUUCAUGGGGCUCUAAAAUGUUUGGCUCUCCUCUCUGGUGAAUUGGAUGAUACUUUAGUGCCUAAAUUAUUACCCGCUCUGUACCCUCGCUUGCAUUCAAUAAUUUCUGCACCUCAUCUAUAUGAGAAAUCUCUCAGAACAAAAGCUUUGGCAAUAGUACAUGCUUGCAUUUCUGUUCUGGGAUCCAUGAGUGGUGUGUAUAAGACAGAAACUGCUGGGCUGAUGCUGGAAAUGGUUAAUUCCCUUAUGGAGCAAUUUUCUAUUAUUUUACAACCUCCUUUGCAAUCAGAAGAUCCGGACGAGUGGAGCAUGAGAAUGGAGGUCCUGAAAUGUUUACUUCAGCUUGUUCAAAAUUUUCCUAGCCUUAUAGAAGCUAGAUUUUCAGGUAUUGACUUGCAAUUUGGUCCAGUCAUUUUGUCAUCUUUGUGGCAGACAUUUGUUUCAGCAUUGGAUGUGUACCAGAUUUCAUCUAUUCACCGCACUGAAGAUUCGGGUUCUGGUAGAUUUGAUUCUGAUGGUAAUGAGAGAAGUCUAGAUGCCUUUAUUAUUCAGUUGUUCGAGACUCUAUUAACCAUUGUGGGAAAUUCUAAAUUGGCAAAGGUCAUUGGAGGAAGCAUAAAAGAGCUUGUUUACUAUACCAUAGCUUUUCUACAGAUGACAGAGGAACAAGUACAUACAUGGUUAUUGGAUGCAAAUCAAUAUGUUGCUGAUGAGAAUGAUGUUACUUAUAGUUGCCGUGUAUCAGGCUCUCUGCUUCUGGAGGAGAUAGCUAAUGCUUAUGGUGGAGAAAUGAUUGAUUCCAUUGUUGAAGCUGUUAACAAACGUUUCAUUGAGUCGCAGACUGCCAAAGUUUCUGGUUCGACAGAUUGGUGGAAAUUGAGAGAGGCAUCCUUUUUUGCAAUGGCUUCAAUUUCAGAACAACUCAUUGAAGCACAGGAUUCAGGAGCAACAAAAGUUAAUUUAAGUCGUCUUCUGGAUGAAAUGGUUGCAGAAGACAUAAGAACAGCUGUGUAUGAAUUUCCAUUCCUACAUGCAAGAGCUUUUUCAGUAGUUUCGAAGUUUUCCUCAGUGAUUGGUCGGACUGUUCGCGAGCAGUUCCUAUAUGCUGCUGCUCAAGCAAUAGCUUUAGAUGUCCCACCACCUGUAAAAGUUGGUGCUUGUCAAGUUUUAUCUCAGGUCCUACCGGAUGCUAAAUCUGAGUUGGUUCAGCCUCAUAUAAUGUGCAUACUUUCAUCUCUUAUUGAUCUCCUCAAGCAGGCAUCUGAUGAAACACUGCAUCUUGUGCUUGAAACACUUCAAGCAGCUAUUAAGGCAGGCCAUGAACUAUCAAGGUCCAUGGAGCCUGUUAUUUCUCCCGUCAUUCUUGAUGUCUGGGUACAUCACAUUUCAGAUCCAUUCAUUAGCAUCGAGGCCUUGGAAGUCUUGGAGGCUAUCAAAGAUGCUCCUGGAUGUAUGCAGCCUCUGGUCUCCCGGAUCUUACCAUCCAUUGCCUCUAUAUUAGAAAAUCCAAGAAACCAGCCCGAUGGAUUGCUUGCAGGUUCAUUUGAUCUUUUAACAAUGAUAUUGAAAAGCGCGCCAGUUGAAGUUGUGAAGGCUGUUUUUGAUAGAUGUUUUAAUUCUACCAUCCAAGUAGUGCUCGAAAGUGAUGAUCACGGUGAAAUGCAGAAUGCAACAGAAUGUUUGGCAGCAUUUCUUGCUGCUGGAAAGCAUGAGUUGCUUUCCUGGAAUGGUGAUCCAUCUUUUACAAUGAAAAGGCUUCUUGAUGCAGCUUCAAGGCUGCUGGACCCUAAUCUGGAAAGUUCUGGGUCACUUUUUGUGGGUAACUAUGUGUUGCAGCUUAUAUUUCAUUUUCCAUCAGAAAUGGCCUUCCACAUACGUGAGCUUGUUGCUGCUGUGGUGAGACGCAUGCAAUCUAGUGAAAUAGCAGGGCUAAAAUGUUCUCUUAUAGUUGUUCUGGCUAGACUGGUCCAUUUCAGCUCUCCAGAUGUCAGCCAGUUCAUUAAUUUACUGCUUACUGUGCCUACUAAGGACCAUGAAAAUUCAUUUUCUUAUGUAAUGUCAGAAUGGACUAAGUUGCAAGGCGAAAUCCAGGGAGCAUAUCAGAUCAAGGUUACAACAACUGCCCUAGCGCUUUUGCUAUCCUCCCGUCAUGAGGAAUUAGUGAAAGUUAACGUUAACGGUCAUCUCAUAAAGUCGAAUGCAGGUAUAACUACUCGUUCUAAAGCUAAAUUAGCUCCUGACCAAUGGACUAUAAUUCCACUUCAUGCAAAGAUAUUUUCGUUGUUAUCAGAUGCACUGGUUGAGACUCAAGAACAAAUUUUGGAUGAUGACAGUGGCAGUGAUGAGGAUAGUGAUUGGGAGGAAGUCUUAGAUAACAAUGGCUGUGGUCUACAAGAUCUAUUAUAUCAAUCAAAUGUCCCCUCAAAACGUAACGCUUCAGUUGAACAUCUUAAUGCAAUGGCUAAAGUCUUUAAUGAGAGUGACGGUGAUAAUAGUGAAGAAGAGCUUGUCAAAGAUGAUCCGCUAAAUGAGACUAAAGUUGCAGGUUUUCUCACUCAAUUCUUUCUAAACUUACAUGACAUGGACAGCUCACUUUUUGACCAUCUCUGCCAGAACUUGACACAUGCCCAAAGGAUUGCAGUCAAAAAGGUUGUGAAGAAGUGAGAGCCUCUUCUCGAAAUGGUUUUAUUAGUGUUUGUUUAAAUGUAAAAUUUUCAUCUUUUCAGUAUAAAUUAUUGUUUUUCGUUGUAAAGGUUUUAUUUAUCAAUCAUUUAUCUUGUCAAAUUUUGUAUGCCAAUAGCGUCUAUCUUUAUUUGGACUGUCUUUCCUACUAAGGGUUUGAGGAAAAACAGUGAACAAAGCCGGAGUGGAUUUUGUUUGGGUUAUACUUAUUGUUUUGGUUAAAAAAUUAGUAAUCAGAUUGUGAAAA